AUGCUGGAAAGUAUUAAGUUGGUGGCCAAAUCUGAAGUCCCAUAUGAAAAUAUGAAGACAAGUCUAUACAUCGAUCCUCCAUCAUCUUUGUUCCCACUGCUGAAGGAACACUCUCAAGAUAUACUCUCAAGCAAGUUCAAAGGAACAAAACUUGUCCAAGGAUGGAAAGUUGUAUCCAAAGAAACCAGUGUCGAUGAUGAAGGAAAUCCAAUCACCAUUCAUCAUUGGAAUGCUCGGGAGACAAAGGAUGUCGAAACUAAUUUGGAAGUUUUUAUUUCUGAUCUUUUGUUAUCCUUUGACAACCGAAUCACCAAAGGUUCUGAUGAGCCGAUAUCCAUUCUCACUUGCUUGGAUCUCAACACUAUUUUCAGCUUUCUUUGUGCUAAACGCUUGAGGAACGGCUAUCUUUUGGUGAGGCAUCCCUUGAGAGGUAUGGCAAAGUCAAUUUUGCUUACGUAUAUUCCUUAGACCAUGUUAAGAAGCUCUCAUGUGAUCUUGAAGAAGUGGAUUUGCUCUUUGAUCCCGCCUUUGCGCACAUUGUCUUACACAAGAUCAAACAAGCGCUGAAAUUGUUUUUGUGGAAGAAUAAAGGAAAAUAUCCAAUGAAAUGGUUUUCACUUUCAUCAACAGAACCAAAGUCUUAUGGUCCCUUGACAGAACUUUCGAUCAAUGACAAUGAGUCGGUUCAAAGUCAGGAUGAAGAAGGUAACAAGUACUGGCUCGGUAAUCUCUACUCUCUCACAUUUGGGUCAGAGAAACCAAUUCAUGCCGAGCUGAACGAGGCGGCCGUGUACGACAGCAUUUAUUGUGAUGAGGAAAUUUACAGUGCUAUUGGCAUUGAAGGUUGUGUCACAAUCGAUAUUGCUUUGGCCAAAGGCGGGACUGAAGCUGUAGUCGAGUCUUUUUACAGCAUCAUGAAAUCGCAACAAUCCACAAGGGGUCAAUCAAAUGAAACAUUGGCCUUAAGGAGGUGA